GCGCAUUUUAGCAUACUUUACCCAUCAUACUACCAGCUCUAAAGCUUGAAUUGAACACUGUUUGCUUUAAUGCAGUCUCUCUUAAAAAUCAUUCUCUUAUCUCUCUCUUUUUUUUUUUUUUUUUUUCAAGAGAUUCCAUCUGCAUAACACCUGUUUCUGGAUUUAUUUUGAGGCCAGGUUCUGCGAACGCUGUCGUUUCGCAAUCUCCGUUAACUUUCGUGGUCACUGAUGGAACACAAAAGCAGUGACUUGAGUGAGGAUCACUCCAUUUCUGAAGGCAAUAAAAUGAUGCAACCUGGAAGCAAUCAGAAUUAUGCCAGUAGAGACGUUACACCCUCGAGUGAACUUUGGACUGGUGGGCUUAUUUGUGCUUUUGAAUUUAUUCGAGGCCGUAGAAGAUCAAUGAACUCAAAAUCUAGUUCAAAGGUUCCAAGUAGACAGUUAGAUGGUGACAAUCAAAAAAUGAAAGUUCCAUCAAAUGAACUAAGUGAGGCUUCUUUCUCAAGAGUGGACAGGAACAAAUUACUAGAGUCAUCAUUGCUUAAUGAAUUGAGAAGCAAUCAGUUUUCUCCUUUAUAUGACUACAGAGCUGGCCAUAUCCAUCAAGUAGACCCAUUUAGUUCUGCCGAAAGAUAUGAUGGCAGUCAUUGGGUUCCUAUUGGGUGGGCUAGAAUUUCCGAACUUGUUCAAAAAGUGCAAGUUGAUGGUGGAUGGGCUCAGCAACAAUUGGAUCUAGUGGAUGAUGAAAAUGACAUUACUGUUGCAGAUAUAGCUGCUCCUUAUUGGGAGCGCCCUGCAGGGCCCAUAUGGUGGUGCCAUGUGGCUGCAAGCAACUCAUCUGUUCAGGCAUGGCUCAAGAAUGCUCAAUGGUUGCACCCUGCUGUCAGUUUAGCUUUGAGAGAGGAAAGUCGACUGAUAAGUGAGCGGAUGAAACACCUUUUUUAUGAGGUCCCUGUUAGAGUUGCUGGAGGACUUUUAUUUGAGCUCUUGGGUCAAUCAGUUGGUGAUCCAUUUGUAAAUGAGGAUGAUAUUCCCAUUGUACUUCGCUCUUGGCAAGCACAAAACUUCCUUAUAACUGCACUGCACAUAAAAGGACAGGUGUCAAGGAGCAAUAUUUUGGGUAUCACCGAAGUUCAGGAGCUUCUUCUUGUUGGAGGUUAUAAUGUGCCGAGAACUGUGCAUGAAGUCAUAGCACACCUGGCUUGCCGUCUUAGUAGAUGGGAUGAUAGGUUAUUUCGCAAGUCCAUAUUUGGGGCCGCAGAUGAGAUUGAGUUGAAGUUUAUGAACAGGAGAAACCUUGAAGAUAUAAACCUUUUUGGUAUCAUUUUAAACCAGGAAAUCAGAAAGUUAUCAAGACAGGUUAUCAGAGUGAAAUGGUCUCUCCAUGCAAGAGAGGAGAUUGUGUUUGAGCUUCUUCAACAUUUGAGGGGAAAUGUAUGUCGAAGCUUGAUAGAAGGAAUAAGAAAGAGUACAAGGGAUAUGAUUGAGGAGCAGGAAGCAGUCCGGGGUCGCUUGUUUACCAUUCAAGACGUUAUGCAAAGCACUAUUCGUGCAUGGUUGCAGGACCGGAGCCUUCGAGUAACGCAUAAUUUGGCAGUUUUUGGGGGUGGUGGUGUCGUUCUCACUAUCAUCACUGGGCUGUUUGGAAUCAAUGUCGAUGGAAUUCCUGGAGCAGAGAAUACACCAUACGCAUUUGGUUUGUUUACAGCCAUUCUCUUCGUCAUAGGAUUUGUGCUAAUUGCAGUUGGGUUAGUUUACCUAGGGUUGAAACAGCCUAUCACGGGGCAGCAGGUUGAAAUUAGGAAGUUGGAGCUGCAAGAAUUGGUCAAAAAGUUUCAGCACGAGGCAGAGACUCAUGCCCAGGUACAUAAUUAUUCCCGGAAUAAUUUGCCUCCUACUGCUGGAGACGUUUUCUCACCUAAUGCAGAUUACAUUGUAAUUCAGUAAGGAAUAUUUUUCAAAUUAUUUAAUAGAUAUGAAAUUUGCCCUUGGUAGUUGUUGCUCCCUG